UGUCAGAGAUACGCAAUAGUUAAAGUAUUGCCUCUUAGGUGCAAGGAAUUUUCUUGGCUGCCCGAGGCCUAGAGGAAGCCUGUGCGUGUGGCCUGGGGGGGCGGGGCUCAUAUUCCGGGUGGAAACUCGAUUCCCUAAAUUUGUUGUCCGCUUCCUUUGCGGGCACAGCUGCUUCUUGGCUUGGGUGGUGGUUAACCUUGGCACCACAGUUCAUCUGCUUCUUUCUCUUAGUUUGAUUGAUCUCUACCGUAAAUUAGUAGUUCAGACUUGUGCAUAGAACUAAAUUGUUGUAAGAACGAGCUUUUGUAACUAAGGGUAACCCCCAGUUCAUAAAAUAGCUUUGGAAGUUUGCUGUUUGGGACUCAAACGAUGUUUGAAAUUCAUGGUUAGCUUUUCAGGCCUGCCAUGGAUGGGGGCAAGGAGAUGGAAGAAUAAUUUUAUUUUCUAGUUUAGGGGCUUAGCCUUGGGGAAAUUUUAAACAGAUGAACAAUAUUUUGCACUCCCCCAUUGACUUUCUGCAUCCCUGUCCUACCUGUUGGUAACCUUCUCUUGGACUUCAGUUCUCUAAUGCCUCUAAAUGUCUCCAGAGGAACUAUGAUGAAUCAUAUUAUGUACCUUGAUGGAUUCAAGGUGCUGGAAGAAACUUUUUUGGAUAUGGCCAGCUGGCCCUGGAAAUUUUUUCACAUGUCUUCUGAGAAGGCGACGAUUACAGUUCGUCUGAUUCGUUCCUUUGAGCAUCGCAAUUUCAAGCCUCUUGUUUACCAUGGAGUUAAUUUGGACCAGACUGUAAAAGAGUUUAUUGUAUUCCUAAAAAAAGAUGUCCCUUUAAGGACAGGCCUCCCACCCCCAUUCAAGCAUUAUAAAUAUGAUAAAAUGAAGAUUAUUCAUCAGGCGCACAAAUCAAAGACUAAUGAGCUUGUGUUGAGUUUAGAAGAUGAUGACAGACUCUUGUUAAAAGAAGACUGGACUAUGAAAGCAGCUGGAGUUGCCAAUGAAACUGAAAUUGCAUUUUUCUGUGAAGAAGAUUACAAGAACUACAAAGCUAAUCCUGUUUCAUCCUGGUGAAGACUUCGGGGGAGUUUAUUUUUUGCAUACCUAUAGUAAGCUCUUUAUUUGCUUAGUGAGGGAUUUUUUU